GUACACAGGCAACUUUCUUCACGCUUUCUCGCAUGAAAAGUUUCCAUAAAUUGCAUGCAAACUCAGAGGCCGAAAAAAACUCUCCCAGUCCCAGUUUUAGUAUCAGUCUACAACCCAAUCACCUACGGUAAAGUCAGUCAAGCAAUUUCCCAACCACAUUCAAACUCUUCCUAACAUUUUCCUCUUCAAAAUCCCCCAAAUUUACUACCGAAACUCAAAAAUAUAUUCCUCAAUAUAUAUCUCUAGCUCCUCCACCCCUUUCUCUCCUCAAUCUAGAACCCCAACUCUCAAAAAAUCUUGUAAACUUUCUGGAGUUGUUUAUCUUCGCUGUUAAGACGGAGAAUGGAGGGUUUUCGGUGUUUUCUGGACACGGAAUCGCUUCGUAUUCCACAAUCUCCGUUGCCGGAAUGUGUGUCCGGAAGUUCAUCGCAGAACCCCAUUGGAGAAUCCCAUUUUGAUCAAACCCUAGAAGCUGCUUUUUCUCGCCUCAAAGUCUCACCUUUUUGCCGCCAGCCGCAGCUUUCUCGCUUUGACGGCGAUUGCAGUAAUGGGUCUUUGAUAAAAUACCCAAUAAACGAUCAUGGGUUGGGUGGGGAAAAUUUUAUCCCAUUUUGCAACGACGAGCUGCAGAGUCUGAACUUAAAUAGUGGCGGUAAUGGGGUUCUUUCGCAUUUGGGUCUUCAAGAUUGCUGGGUUCAGUCUGAUAUUGAUUGCUCGAAUGGCUUUGUGUCCAAUUUAAAUCAACAUUCUGAUAAUAGCCCACAUUGGUUGCAAGCGUCCCUAAAUGGCUGGUCUGUGGCUGAUUUGCGUGGGAGGGUAGCCUUUCUGGCCACGGACCAAGACGGUUGUCGUUGCUUACAAAGAGCAAUGGAGGCUGUACCAAACAAAGAAUUGAUUGAUUUGAUAUUCUUGGAGGUUCUAGAACAUGUGGCCACUUUGAUGCUUGACCCUCAUGGGAAUUACGUUAUUCAGAAGCUUGUGGAGGUCUGCAGUGAAGAGCAGAGGACCCAAAUGCUUUUAAUGUUGACCAAGAAAAAUGAUUUGCAGCUUAUUUGUAUUUCCCUUGACACUCGCGGGACUCGAUCUGUACAGAAAUUGUUGAAGUAUGUUUCCACCAAAGAGCAAAUCACUCUGAUUAUGAGAGCUCUGAGUCCUGGUGUUGUUGCAUUGAGUAAGAACAGCAAUGGUCAACAUGUGAUCGAGCAUUGCUUAGAGCAUUUCUCUGUUCAAGACAAUGAGCAUCUUCUGCAUGUGGUGGCAAAUAACUGUUGUGAAAUCGCAAAAGAUAAAAGCGGCUGUUGUGUGCUACAGAAGUGUGUUGAACACUCUAAUGGACAAAACAGAGAGCGUCUGGUUGCUGCGAUAACAGUAAAAGCAAUAGUUCUAGCAGUAGAUCGUUAUGGAAACUACGUGCUGCAACAUUUACUGGGGUUGAGGAUGCCACAAAUCACAGAAAAUCUUCUGAGGCAACUUCGAGGCAGUUAUAUGUCUCUCUCUUGCAAUAAGUAUGGCAGCAAUGUUGUGGAGAAGUGCUUGUUAGAUUCAGGGGAAGAAAAGUCUUCACAAAUUAUUUUUGAGUUGCUUACAAAUCGGAACGUUUCAAUGCUUCUUUUACAUCCUUUUGGAAACUAUGUCAUCCAGACAGCACUGUCAGUUUCGAAGGGUCUCUACCAUAAUGCUCUAUUAAAUUUGGUUCAAUUAAACUCCCACGUCAUGCGCGGCAAUUAUUAUGGACAAAAGGUACUUGCUUGGUGCGAUAGGAGCUUGCAACAUAUGUAGAGAUGGACAAAUACAAGUGCUUUUUCUCCCUACUUUUCAAUGUCACUCUUGUAGGGAUGCAAGGAUUCGUUCAUUGGAGCAGCUGGAUAGGAGCUAACUUUAGGUUUGUAAUAUCAAAAUCCUUCAAGGGGAUCAGAAAGGGAUGAUACAAUGUGUGUUUCUAAACCGUAGAGUUCGGUGAUCUUAAUUCCCACUGUUUUGGUUUUUGGGUAUAGGUUUUGUAUAUUGAGAUCCCCCAUUGUUGUACUCAGUGUUAUAUUAGAAAUUGUUUCUGAAUUCAUCUACUCGUGUUAAACUCAGGGGAUUGUUUCUCUUCUUGUUAGUUGUUCUUACAGAUAUAAAGGUUCAGUUUCGGAUGC